AUGUCGAAAGAGAAUAAAGAGGAUAAGAAGACCAAAGAUGAUGAGGCAAAUCAAGCUUGUCUGGAUGAAAAUUCAUUCUUUGACCUAAGAACAAAAAAAGGUCAGUUCUUAUUCUUCCUCAUAACAAUUUUAACAAGCAUUAUAGUCACUCAAUUGAUCCCAUUAAAGACAUCAACAUCAGAAUGUGAUGUGAAAUGUGGAAAUGCUCAAGAACUGCCAAAACCUACAUACUGGAUAUAUGGCAAAGGAGGCGACGGUCAAUGGAUUCAUCUUAUUAAAGUUCUUAAUCAAUUAGGCAUGAAAAGAGUUUCUGAAAUAGAAAUGGACACUGCUGACUUGCUGUGGGCUCAUGACUAUCCAUUUAACAAACUUAGAACAAGAAUUUUUGAGUUUAAGUCGCAUCAGAAGAUCAAUCACUUUCCUGGAUGUGGAUUUUUGACAAAUAAAAUUGAUUUAGCUACGACGAACAUGAAGUAUAUCCCAAAAGCAUUUAGAUUGCCUGAAGAAUCUGACAAAUUUAAGAAAUAUGCUGAAGAAACAGACAAGCUGUUUGUGGUCAAGCAUCAUCAACAUCGACACAUUAAGAUCCAGAAGAUUAAUGAAAUAAACUUUAGUGACAAUGAGACAUUCGUCCAAGAGUAUAUCAAGUCACCAAUGUUAAUUGACGGACAUAAAUUUGAUAUUGGAGUCUAUACAAUAAUUACAAGCAUUGACCCAUUAAGAGUUUACAUCUAUUAUGGAGAUAUCUUGUUCAGGUACUGUCCGCAGAAGUAUCAUCCAUUUGAUCCAAAGGUUAUUGAUAAAUAUGUUGUAUCAGACGAUUAUUUGCCGACUUGGGAAGUUCCAGCCUUAGCUAAAUACUACAAUUCAUUAGGCUAUGGACAGAAAGAAUCUUUUGAUACGUAUGUCAGAACUCAUCUUCAAAAAGAUCCUCAAGUCAUUUGGGAUCAAGUUGAGGAUGCAAUUCGACUGUCAAUAUUGACAAAACUUCCGCUCCUCAAAACUGCAAUUCAGCACUACAAAUACAAGCAAAACUUCUUUGAAAUGGCUCGAUUUGACUUGAUUAUUGACUCAGACAUGAAAGUUCAUUUGAUUGAGGCUAAUAUGAGUCCAAACUUAUCGUCAGCACAUUUUAAACAAAAUUCACUGCUUUACGAACAAGUCAUUUACAGCAUGUUAAACUUAGUUGGAAUUGGAAGUUAUUUGCAUCGAGAAUCAUUUAAGAAAUUCGAGACUGAAAUUGAAGCUAUGCUGUCUUCAGACAAAAAUAUUAUGGUAAAUGGAGAAGUUUGUUCUCAAUUGCCAUGCUCAGAAUCUUGCUCGCCUGUUGAAUGCCAGAUAUGCAAACCUUGUCUUACUCAAAGUGAAAUUAUAGAGCUCCAUCGUUCUUAUCGGGAACAUCUCAAUAAAGGAGAUACUAAGAGGAUAUUCCCAGUUCCAAUUAAUGAUCCAAAAGCAUCGAUUGACACUAAGUUUUAUAGAAAUUUGUCAGCAAGUAACCAGCUUAUUACAAAGUGGUUUUAUCAUAAAUGUGUUAAUGAUCGAAGUUGGUGUCAUUAA